AGCGCCGAUCCCCGCCGCCCCUGCCCCAAAGGCGCCCGCCCGCCCGCAGCCCGCACAGCCGCUGCCCCAGCAAAGAUGCGCCCGGCCCUGGCCCACGGACUCUGCUCGCUGCUGCUCAGCCUCUGGGUACCCAGCUCCUGCUCCAAUGAGAUCCUGGGCCUGAAGCUACCGUCAGAGCCGGUGCUGAACGCCAACACAGUGUGCCUGACCCUGCCGGGGCUGACGCGGCGGCAGCUGGAGGUGUGUGUGCGCCACCCUGAUGUCACCGCCUCGGCCAUCCAGGGCAUACAGAUUGCCAUUCACGAAUGCCAGCACCAGUUCCGGGACCAGCGCUGGAACUGCUCUAGCCUCGAGACCAAGAACAAGAUCCCCUAUGAGAGCAUCAUCUUCAGCAGAGGCUUUCGGGAGAGCGCCUUCGCGUACGCCAUCGCGGCGGCCGGCGUGGUGCACGCCGUCUCCAACGCCUGCGCCCUCGGCAAGCUGCAGGCCUGCGGCUGCGACCAGAAGCGCCGCGGCGACGAGGAGGCCUUUCGCCGCAAGCUGCACCGUCUGCAGCUGGAGGCUAUGAACCGCGGCAAAGGCAUGGUGCACGGCGUGCACAUGGAGCACAUGCCGGCUGAGACCCCCGGCCUCCAGGACUCCUGGGAGUGGGGAGGCUGUAGCCCCGAUGUGGACUAUGGGGAGAAGUUUUCCAAGGAUUUCCUUGAUUCCCGGGAAACCUACAGGGACAUCCACUCCCGGAUGAGGCUGCACAACAACCGCGUGGGCCGGCAGGUGGUAAUGGACAACAUGAGGAGGAAGUGCAAAUGUCACGGUACCUCAGGGAGCUGCCAGCUGAAGACAUGCUGGCAGGUGACACCUGAGUUUCGCCUGGUGGGAUCCCUGCUCAAGGACCGCUUCUACGGGGCCACCCUCAUCCGGCCCCACAACCGCAACGCCGGGCAGCUGGAGCCGGGCCACGCUCGGCACCGCCGCCGGGCGGGCAUCAGCGAGCUGGUUUACUUUGAGAAGUCACCUGACUUCUGCGAGCGAGAACCGGCCCUGGACUCCUUGGGCACCCAAGGGCGCCUGUGCAACAAGACCAGCCCGGGCAUGGACAAUUGCGAGAGCCUGUGCUGCGGCCGCGGGCACAACAUCCUGCGGCAGACGCGCAGCGAGCGCUGCAACUGCAAGUUCCACUGGUGCUGCUUUGUGGCCUGCGAGGAGUGCCGCGUCACUGAGUGGGUCAGCGUCUGCAAGUAGCUGGGCAGGGACGGGUGCCCACCCCAGGGUGCCAUGGACAUGCACGCCUGCCCACACGGGGGGAGGGAGACAGGGAUUGGCGCUGAGCGGGAGAUGGAGCCGUGGUACCCACUUCCCUCUGCUCCAAGGGGAGCAAAAGAGGAGAUACUUGGCACCCUCUGAAAUCAGCACUUUGUCGUCACCUGGGGAGGGUAGGGCUGCCCGCUGCCUGCCGCCCGCCUGGCCCCACACAAGAGCACCAAGGCUCCCAGCCCCGGGGAGCACAUGGCCAUGCUGUACAGACCGCCAACACCAGCACUACUUGGGGGGGACGGA